AUGCCUUACUUCACUGCCUCGUGCUCUCUCACACCAGGCCCCAGGCACCAACAAACAUCGUCGAACAUCGUAACGCCAAUGCGGAGCUACAGCCGCUUUGUCUACUCUCCUUCUGCUUCGAAUACCAUCCGUCUGCUGCGCGUUCUGAGGGAUGAAGACCAAUUACGCUAUUGUUUGUCGACUUUCUCGAAAGACAACAUCCCCAAUUUCUAUGCUUUAUCAUACAGCUGGGAUGGCCAAUCACGAGAUCAAGUCAUUCUUUGCGAUGACACUUUGCUAGCAGUCACCUCGAACGUUCAAAAGCUCUUACCAUACCUUCAUCUCGAAUACAAAUCCAACUAUAUCUGGAUCGACGCCAUCUGCAUCGAUCAAGAUAGUCCUAUAGACCAAAACACUCAAAUUCCAUUGAUGCAAAUCAUCUACACAAAAGCCAUCAAGGUUAUCGUCUGGCUUGGCGAGAGUGACGCCCGUGUUGAUCGGGCACUUGAAGCGAUACCUGAACUCAUACCGAGGCUCCGUGGUUUCGAUGGCCGUUUGGGCCUAAAUGACGACAGGAUGAUGUCGCAUGGUUUACCAAAACGCUCUGAUGAGAUUUGGCAUGGAACUCGGGACCUCCUCUCUCGAUCCUGGUUCACUAGGUUGUGGGUUUUCCAAGAAGCAGUCCUCGCUGAGAGCGUUGUGGUCAUGUGCGGGAACAGGAUUAUGAAUAUGGAUGAGUUAGUUGACUUUACGGCGAGCAUGGCAUCUGCGUCAGUGGUGGACUUGACAAGAGAUACCGAUUCAGACUUCUUCGCCGUUCUCACAGGCCUGGCUAUGGUGCAAAGAAUAUCGCUCUCUAAAGAGUGGUGA